UAUAAAACUGCCUUAAAGCUUAAACCAUAGCGUUCAUAUUAUUUUCGCCACCGAUAUUAACACACUUCCUCAUUCUCUCCCAAAUCCGCUUCUUCUUCCUCUGUCUGUGCUUUCUUCCAACCAUGAUUUUUUCAAGGAUUGGGCGCUCACUCUCGCGCUCUUCACGCGCCAAAGAAUAUUUGCGCGGUGAUGCGAAAUUGGGAACCCUUCUCGGAGCUACGCGAACGAAUGUGCAUUCACAAGGAACAGAAUUGGGAUUAGGGUUUUUCAGGGGAUAUGUUGCUCAUGCUAGAGCUCGUGGAAAGGGAAUCCUUUCCAGUUUGCCUGAUUUUAAUUGUGUUCCGGCGAACCCUAAGAUUCAUUACCGGUUGUUUUUCAGCGAAAGAUCUAAGAAGAAUAAAGAGUCAGAGACAAAUAGAGAUGAUCAUGGAAAUGUUAACUUUUUUCCCUUUAAGCAACCUUUUAUCUCUUCUUUGGUGAUGGCGCUAAUCACGGUUGCAUGGUUUUAUCGUCCUGAAGGGCAACAGAUUAACUUUCAGGAGUUUAAAUAUGAGCUUUUGGAGCCACGUUUAGUAGACCAUAUUGUUGUGUCAAUAAAUAAGUCAAUUGCCAGAAUAUACGUGAGGAAUACUCCACGUAACCAAACAGACAGUGAAGUUGUCGAAGGAACCCUCCCCGCGAAGGGAACUGGUGGGCAGUAUAAAUUUUAUUUCAAUAUUGGAAGUGUGAAAUCUUUUGAGGAGAAAUUAAAAGCAGCACAAGAAGAACUAGGCCUUGAACCCCAUGAUUAUGUUCCUGUUACAUAUUCUUUUGAAGAGGAUUGGGAGCAGGAGUUGAUGAGUCGAACGGUAGCAGCAGUCUUUUUGGGUCUGCAAGUUCAUGGAUGAAGGGUGAGAGCAAAGUUGAUGGCAAAUGCAACUGUGGUAUGGACGUGGUUCUCCUUUAGUUUGGCACAGCUACUAAUUCUGGGAGAUGGGUUAUUAGUUGUCCUUAAUGGAAGGUACGUACAAGGUUAAUCUAUUUUUUUCAUGGUGCUGGGGUUUUGUUGAUACCUUGGGUUUAUGUUGUUUUCAUUUGCAGACAAAGGAUUGCCAAUACUUUGUAUGAGAUUGAUGAGAUUGAAGGAGAAUGAAUAGG